CCACGUCUUUUAUGCUUCAAGUUGUUUGCAUUUUAUAGUUAAGGAAAUUUUCAACUUUAUUCGAUCAUGAUGGCGGGCAUGUUUGAUAGAUAUUGAAACAAAUUAAAGUUUUUUGUGCUUCAACUUGUUUUUCUUUUCUCCAAUCUAUAUCCUAAUCCUCGGUUCAAUUUCCCUUUGCAUUCGUUUGUCCAGCUUUUUCUUUUUUAUGGUUGAAGUUGUGCUUUAUGCUUUCAGGCUUGGAAUUUUAGAGGUGCUUUAAUAAUUAAAUUGUGCGCUGGAUCUUCACUUUAAUCAUCAGAAAUAAAGAGAUCGAGCUGCGUUCGAUCAAAUAUGAACAAUACUUCUGGGUUGUUGAGCAAUUUGAGAAGUGGUCAGUAGUGGUAUAAGGAAUAGCACUUCCCUCUGUGUUCUCUAUAUAAGGAAUAGCACUUCCCUCUGGUAUCUCUCUUUUGAACUGGUCAGUAGUGGUCACUCGUUCAGUUAUUGUUCCUGCAGCUUAAUUUUCUAUUGAAGCUUAGAAUAUGUAUAUACUAAAACGCAAACUAGAUGAGGACAAAGGAAGCGUUUUUAGGUUUCAUCAUCAUCAUCUCUCUCUCUCUCUCUGUCCUUUGUCUCUUAUUGAAUUAGGGUUUUGAAAUUUGGAGGGAGAAUGGAGCUCUCUGAAUCCUCCUCCUCUGUUUCCCCAAAUCUGGAUUUGCAUAUCGACAACAGCAACGAAAUCGACCAAGUUCAGCUCAAUCAUUCCGACAUAGGGUCUCAACAGUCCACCGCCGCCGACCAGCAGCUGGACAAUCACUCCGUUGGUGACGCGGCGGUUAGUCAUUCCAGUGCCGAUCCCGAUGUUGUUGAUGUCGUGGAUCACGCUGUCGUUGAUGAGAUUGAGAGAUUGGAUUUGAGAGGGGACGAUGUAGCGGUGGAGGUUGCGGCAGCGGAGGUAGAGGAGAAGAAAGAGGAAGGGGGAGAGGUUGAGGCGGAGGAGAAGAGUUCUAAUGGUGGAGAAAUCGAAAACGGAAAUGAAAGUGAGAGACAGAGCGAGGAAGAAGAAAACAGGAGUGAGAAUGGAGGUGAGGGAGAGAAGAAGGGGGGAGAAUAUAACAGAAGGUAUCAGUACCCAGUGAGGCCUGAAGCUGAAGACUGUUCCUUUUACCCCAAGACGGGGAAUUGCAGGUUUAAUCACCCUGUUAGAAGGAAAAACAACCAGCAUUUCCAGGUUUUUAAAGACAAGGUGAAGGAAAAGGAUGCGUUGUCAGAGAAGCCAAGCCAGACAGAAUGCAAGUAUUACUUAAGGCCAGGGGGAUGUAAGUAUGGGAAAGCUUGCAGAUACAACCAUGGAAAAGGGAAACCUUCGGUUGCUCCAGUUGUGGAACGUAACUUUCUGGGACUACCAAUUCGACGGGGGGGGAGAGAGUGUCCCUACUAUAUGCGAAAUGGCUCCUGCAAGUAUGGAUCAAACUGCAGGUUUAAUCACCCUGAUCCGACUGCUGCAGGAGGAUCUGACCCUCCAUCUGGAUUUGAUAAUGGUGGACCUGCAUCAUUACAAGGUGGAUCGCAAUCAUCAUCUUGGUCUGCACCAAGAUCAUUCAAUGAGACCCCGCUUUAUAUGCCAAUGAUGAUGCCACCAUCUCAAGGGGUUCCUUCUCAAAAUACAGAAUGGAAUGGCUAUCAGGCACCAGUUUAUCUAGAAAGAAGCAUGCCUGCACGUCCACCAUAUGUUAUCAACAACUCUGGGACCAAAACCAAUGUUUAUAAACAAUAUCCACCGUCAAAUCAAGUUGAUGAAUUUCCAGAACGACCUGGACAACGUUUGUGCGGUUUCUUUUUAAGAACAGGGGACUGUAAGUUUAAAUCUAAUUGCAAAUAUCAUCAUCCAAAAAGUCAGACUGCAGUAUCCCCCUCAUUUGCACCGAGUGACAAGGGCCUGCCUUUGAGACCAUUGUUUCGACCUGCAUACGCUAUCAUGCUGACACACCUCCGUUCCGAAGCACUUGAAAAUUUUAAAAUAAGACUGGAGCGAUCAUUGGUCCAAAAAGAAGGGUUUGCUUCAUCCGUUUUUGCCCAUACUGAAUCUUGCAUGCGUGAGUUUGACCAAGCAUGUGCAGAUGCUUCGAUAGAUGUUGCCAUAAAUUCCGAUGGGAAUGCAUAUGGCGUUGAUACGGAAAAAGCCAAAAGGAAACUUAAGUGCGAUAUAGAAGCAUAUGCAUCAUCUCAACUUGACGAACAAUUGUCAAGAUUGAAACUGGACUGUGAGAGACAACUUUUGGAAGCUUUAAGUCUUAAUGAUCCUAUAGCGGCUCUGCUACUUGAUGGUGACGACGACAUCUGGAGGAAAAAAAGGGGACUUCUUCAUGAUGCCAUAGAACUUGUAGAUGAACGUUUUUCAAAUGAGAUUAAUGGUUAUGCGUUGGACCAAGGAAGAAGUGCCGAAAUGUUGCAAAUUUUGAGGGACUAUGCAAGAAGAGUGGCGGAGGAAAAACCCAGACAGGAGGCUAGUCGUGUUCUGACUCACAUGAUUAAUAGGUUUCUCCAAGCCUUCAAUUACGAUAGCGAUGAAAAUGCUAGAACUUGGACUGUGGGGGUUGACAUUAGAAUUAUUACCCAGAAUGCUCGCCAUGAGUCUCUUAAGAUUUUAUCUACUCUGGCUGCCAUUCGCCUGGAUAAGACGCAAGAUGAUAUUGAACGAGUUCUCUCUUCUACUUUAAUCGAUGGAGAAAUAAGUUCUACAAAUGUUCUUGACUCAGUUACUUGGGUUAUGGUUUCUUCAAAUGAUACUCUAAUUACACCACUGGAGUGCCAGUCGUUGUGGAGACAGUUCAAAGAACAAACCGAGCCUGCUGUCUUUCAAGCUUAUGCAACACAGGUGCUUCACCGGCGAAAUAACGCUCUAAAAGACGAUGCCCCAAAUGACCCGGAAUUUAGCCCAUUUUUAUGGAUAAUUGUGGCUAUAGUAGUGUUGUUGUCAACAGCCUAUGGAAUCCCUAACGCCGCGUCUCUUGUACCUGAAAUUCUAGCACUGCUGCCACGCUUCAGAAGUCAAGCUCUUACUCUUUCAGCCAUAAUUGUAGCUGUGAAGAAAAUCGUAGAGGCCUACAGAAAUCGUCGCUUGCAAAACUGAGAUAUAUCCAGUGCUGAUGAAUUGGUGCAUACGGGGCGUGCCGGUACAAAGAUGUACAAAGGAUGAAUAUUUGUGCUCAAAUUUGACUCAUUAAACUAUAUGGGCAGUAGAAUUAUUCGUAAUAUUCUAUCUAUCCAUCAGUACUAUGUAAUUGCUUAUAGGCUUAAUGAAAUCCAACAAUUAAAAGAUUCUGUGAAUCGUAUUGAUAUAUGUAAUUAAGUUUGCUUGCAUUUAGUAAGGGCCCCUGCUUCAAUGUCAAGGCCAAUGAAGGUCCAUGUGUCGCCAAAGAAGUGCAGAGCUGCAAGAAGAAGAAGCGGGAGUGGGUGAAAAUGGUUUGGCCUUGUUUUCUUUCCCUAAAGAGUCUGGUACCUCCAACCCUUCGGGAAAGGAGAUUGUUCUUGCUUCGUGGGUCGAGUUUGUCAAAGUCUAUAAUAGCUGAAGUUUUUCUGUGAAUCUUCCUAGAAGUUUUAUUUAUGUUUCAUACCAUAUGUGUGCUUGCGAGAUAUUUUUUCUUUGAACGCGAUGUACUUUUAUUUAGUUAUAGACUUUGAAGCUUGAAUGUUUAG